CAAGCCCGCCGACCCUCGCGGCGAAGCGCCCGAGGUCUCAAAUCGGCUGCCCUCCCCGCAGGAGCGCGUACCUGGCGCCUAGGCGUGUUAGGCUGCCGGAUGCAUGCCCAGACGCUUACCAAGUCGGUACGGACAGGUCCAGGGGGGGCUCCGCGGCUGGCACGGCUGGGCCUCCCUCCCCUCCCUCGUAUUAAUGGCCUCGUCGCCCGCCCCAGCUGGUGAUGUUUUCUCCUUCUCGUCACCACCGUCUCUGAUCACUCUCCCUUUGGCCUUUGUCCGUCCUUCGCUUCGUCCUUGUUUCGUUUCUUGCUGGCAAUCUUCAGUUCCAGCCUCGCACUCCUUUCACCCGCCACUCGGCCCAGCUGCCGAUCCCAAGCACCGUCCUCUCCUUUUAGACCAAAGGACCUUUGUUCUUAACUGUCAUUCUUUCAUCCCAGCAUCGAGCCAGCGGCCUUAAGACUUCACCGUCCCCCUGCCAGCUCAUCCUUGCUACACAUUCACUCCUGGUGCUCCGGAACAGCACUUCUUUUUUUGGUUACACUGCAUUGUGCCAGAUUCAGACGCAGAGAUACCCAUCUUGACCGCAAACGGCCAACGAAUAUAUACCCCCCUUUUUCAGAGACAGGCCCUCGACAACCACAUCCAACAACGCUCAAUAGCGUUCAGUUUCGUUUCAUCAUUUGUGACGCACACAAGCAUAUCAAUCCCACCAGAUCGAGUCCGAAACCAUGAAAUCUUCCAUCUUCUUCUCCGCGGCGGCGGCCCUGAUCGGCGCCGUCUCGGCUAAGAAGGGUAGGACAUUUUGUGUCCUGCGCUUCAACGGCGCCGGCCCCCUCGUCGAAGGGCGCAUGGACCCUAUUGUCGAGCCCGGACGAACCAGCGCCCACGUGCACACCGUCCAGGGCGCCAGCAACUUCGGCAUCAACUCCACAGCCGACGACCUUGCCAAGUCCAGCUGCACAACCGCCAUGAUCAAGGGCGACAUGAGCGCCUACUGGACCCCCAAGCUCUACUUCCAUGACAAGGCUGCCAACACCUUCGAGCCAGUCGAGAUGUUCUACAUGAACGUCUACUACUUCUUCGAGGGCACCAAUGACCAAAUCAAGGCCUUCCCCCACGGCCUUCAGAUGGUUGCCGGCAACUCCAAUCUGCGCACCGCCCCCGCCUCUGGCGGCGAUACCAAGCUCACGCCCGAGAACCCCCAGCCGGCGUCGUGGACUUGCCCCCGUUCCAGCUUUGACCCGCCCUCGUGGCCUGCGAACUCGGACGGCUCCGUGGCCGGCAUGGGUAGCAAGAACAACAAGGGUGAGGGUGUGGGCUUCCCAUUCGCCGAGUGUGAUGGCUACGCUUCGCCCCUGCGCGCCGACCUGCACUUUCCCUCGUGCUACAACCCGGCUGCCGGUCUGAGCAACUGGAAGACGAACAUGGCCUUCCCCACCAACACUGGCAAUGGCAUGCAGGACUGCCCUCAGGGCUGGAUCCACGUACCCCAUCUCUUUUUCGAGGUUUACUGGAACACCCCCAUGUUCAAGGACCGCUGGACCCCUGGCGGCAACUCGCAGCCCUUUGUGCUCUCCAACGGCGACCGCACCGGCUUCUCCAUGCACGGCGACUUCCUGUCCGCAUGGGACGAGAAGGUGCUGCAGAACAUCAUCGACACGUGCGAUGCUGGCUCCGCCGGUAUGGACAAGUGCCCCGGUGUGCAACUGAACGACAAGGGUAAACAGUGCACCAUUGCGGACUCUACCGGAGUGCAGGCCAAGGGCGCCCUGUCUUCGCUUCCUGGCAAUAACCCCUUGGCCGGCUGGGGCAUCGGCGACGUCAACGUGGCUCCCAUGCCUAACCCUGCCCCCGCCGCCCCGGCCGCUCCUGCCAAUGGUGCUGGCUCUGCGCCCAGCAAGCCUGCGGACAACAAGGCUGCCUCGGCGCCCUCGUCCCCAGCCAAGAACGCGAACCAGGACCCUAGCCCGAAGCCCAGCCCUAGCCCUAGCCCCAGCUCCAAGGAGCAACAGCAGCAAGCCGCGUCCCCUCCCGCGCUGACCCAGCCGGUCCAGCAGCACCAAGAGCCUGCCGCUGUCGCCACCAAGGUGAUCAAGACUACCGAUGCCGCCGGCCACCCCACCAUGGUUACUGUGUAUGAGACUGUCACGGCCUGGGAGACGGUAUACGUCUACGGGCGCGACGCGCCCACGCCCACCCCUGACGUUCACGCCAAGCGCCAUAUGCACAACCACAUGCUCCACCACCGCAACAAGCACCCUCGCCGGAGGUGAAGGGGCCAACACGUGCCAGCCAUUCUCAUUUGAUUGCCUUUUUUGCCUUCUUUCUUGAUCAUCCUAGGGCGGUAGCGCAUAGAUAAAAACAGUCGGAGUGACUUGUUGGGAAGGCGCAGCAGCGAGUGCGUCAGCGAACGCCUGGGUUCUGGUUUUUUUUUUUUUGGUUUCUUCACUUCUUGCAGAUUACCCUUUUCCGAUUUUCUUUCCAAGAUAACAUCGCACGAAGUCACGACCCCGGUUUCGGGAAUUCUUUUCAACCUACCCUUCUGUACCAAACACUUUAUUCACUUCUUUGAGGGAAUGAAUGUGGCAUGAUCCUGGCACUCCAGGUUCGCUCCGUCCAUUUCUUUUAU